UCAAGAGUAUAGUUCGUAAAAAGAAUAAAAGACAUCUUGCAAUAACAGAUACGGAAUUACAAGAACUUAUUCGUCAAGGUCUAGUAGUUGAUGAAGUUUAUGAACUUGAAAACCAAUGCGAUAAUCCAAGAGAAAAAGUAUAUCACGCUUUAAUGAGAGAACUUUUUGGUAUGAAGGCAUUUUGUAAAUCAUUCAUUCAAGCUAGUCUUAUUUCUAAGGCGCAAUAUUUUGGAAAUAAGAUAGAUCAACACAUAGCCAAUUUUAUUAUUCAAAUAGGUGAGGGUAAAAAAGGAUGGUUAAACCAUGAAUCAGUUAUAACAUUGUGUUAG